AUGGUGAGUAUGAAUGCCAGAGUAAACAAAGAAGCUGCUGAUAGAUUUAUAUUCAAUCAUCUGGGGAUUUCUAAAGAAGCGAUGGCUUAGUAAAAUCUCUAAAAAUAAUUUAAUGAAAGCAAUAAAGAAAAUCAUAACAAUAUUAGAUCUUAGAAAUCUGAUGAGGUCUGCUCUGCCUAGGAUUUAGAAAAGGCUGAAUAAAUUAAAAAUUUGUUUCAAUCAAUUGCUGAUUGGGCCAUAAAGAAAAAUUAGAAGUAUGAGUUCUAAGAUACCACUCCAGAAAUCAGUGGAAAUCAUAGGAAACUGUUAUACUUUGAUUUAGAUCUUUAUGGAGACGGAGAGGCUUCAACUUAGAGAUAGGCUAAGAUAAUAUGCGCUAAGCAAGCAUUAGAAAAUUUAAAUGCUGGGAGAAUUCUUCCAAAGCCUUGCUCUAAAGAUGGUUUGAUUGCAUUCAUUCGUUAAAACAAGGAUUUGAAGAGCAUCAUGAUCACAGAUCCAGAUUAACUCUUCGCAUAAUAACAGCUGCUUGCGGAGUAAUAGAAACAGUAUGAGCUAGAACAUUAAGAGGAAUUGAAGAAAUAAGAAUUAGAGAAUGAAAAAAAAAGAAAAGAGGAGAGAGAACAAAAACUAUUGGAUAAAGAGAAAAAAAGACUAGCUAAGUUAUAGGAGAAAAGGGCCUCAGCUGUGCUUAAGUAUACAGUGUCCCUUGAGGAGCAAGGAAUGCUAGAGGCAUAUGUUAUGCUCAGAUCACAUGAAAUUUAGCUAUCAGUAGAAGAUUAAUACGAUUUUGUAAAGUUUAUGUUCAAAUUAUCUGAAAUUAAAGAGCCCUUGGAAUAACUUGGUAUAAUGAAUAUGAUACCUGUUGGAUCAGCUGUCACAAAGACAGUAAGAAAGGAGUUUUAUACAAUUGAUGUCAUUUUAAACUACAAUAAGGCAAGUGCAUUUAAAAAUGGAGGUAAAAAUUUGCCCCCAGAGACGCAGGAAAGAUUAUUUUUAGAAUUAGUUGAAUAACUUUCUCUUUUAUUGAGCAAAGAGUUUAUUCAAAACUGUCAAUUUAUAGGAAGUGGAGGACUUUAUAAUUAAAGUGUCAAUGCUAAUCCUGUAUAUCAAGUUUUCAGUGAAGCAAAAGGAGAUGGUGUUAAUGAUCCACUUGUAGCAAUAGUCAAACUUAUGAACACUCAAGAUUAGUCGAAACUAAAUGCGAGUUUUUACUUGCAAGAAAUCACUUAGCAUGACACUUUCUACAGUAUAAAACAUUGGCACAUGAUGCAAAAAACUCUAAAAGAUGAUGUUAAAUUCGGUGCUGUACUAAGAGUAUUAAAAUAGUGGAGGGACUAUUAGUAGCUGUAGAGUAUGCUUUACCCAGAAGUGCUAGAUAGCAUAGUGGUUAAAGUUUUUGAAGAGAUUUCCUAGAAAGACUUCUUUCAAAGCGUUUUGCUAGAAGAAUCAAAACAAGAAACUGUUAUUUUUAAUUAUUUUGCAUCGAAAAUGUCAACUGAACAUUAAGAAUAGGUUAGUAAAGCAGCUAAAUCAUCUCUUAAAUGGAUUAAAAACAAGGAAUUUGCCAAAGUCUUUUGA